ACCAUACCAAGCUUAUGGCGUCUAAGAAGAGUGAAGUCAAGAAGAUCUCAUGUCAAGACAACCUUGCUGAUCUCUAUACAAAAUCAUGCCCGAAGUCCACCUUCCCGAAGUUUGUCGGAGGAGUUGGAUUGCCUACACUAUCUUAUUUGCAACACUGGUAGUUUUAGGGGAGUUUCGUCGAACUUAGCUAAAGUAUUUUGAGUGCACCCAGUUUGGGUUGGUCAUAACCUCGACAACCUCGCCGUCCCUCUCUCAAUAUUUAAUUACUCCAACCGUUUUUAAUUUUUUUAAUUGGAAUUUUGUGGAGGAACAUUAUCCGUCCCCAGACCCCUGAGGAGGCAAAUCGUGCCCGUUUCGUGCGCCGGUCUCCCUUUUGCCCACCUCCCCACCCUAUUCUUCACCGGUCCCACCCACUGUCCGUACACAACACACAGACUCUUCUCUCUCUCUCUCUCUCUCUCUCUCUCUCAUAAAAGCAGCAGCCUAGGGUUUUAAAGCCAACCAUGGAUGGAAAUGGCUUCUGAAAAACCCUAUCCAAUAAUCUUCACUUCUUUCUCAUUACCCUAAUUUCUCAAUUCUAUAAUCAAUUUCUUCAACGGCAAUAUGGGGGGCGCUGAUAACAACAACGGCGACGAGAUAUCAGUGGCCGCCGGCGGACAACAGGCGGCUUCGGGUUCAAGUUCGGCUCUGGCGCCGGCACCCUUACUGAAAUCCAACGCCCUGCCGCCGUUCCUGUGCAAGACGUACGACAUGGUGGACGACCCGGCUACCGACCCGGUCGUGUCGUGGACCCCCACCAACAAUAGCUUUGUGGUUUGGAAACCGCCGGAGUUCGCCAGGGACCUCCUUCCCAAGUACUUCAAGCACAAUAACUUCUCUAGCUUUGUUAGGCAGUUGAACACCUACGGAUUUAGGAAGGUUGAUCCAGACCGCUGGGAGUUUGCUCAUGAGGGAUUUUUGAGGGGUCAGAAAGAUCUCCUUAAGAGCAUCAACCGGCGAAAACCUGCCCAUGGACAUAGUCAUCAACAGCCACAGCCAUCACAUGGACAGAAUUCAAUAGGUGCGUGUGUAGAAGUUGGGAAGUUUGGCCUCGAGGAAGAGGUUGAGAGGCUAAAAAGGGACAAGAAUGUGCUUAUGCAGGAACUUAUCAGGCUAAGGCAGCAGCAACAGUAUACUGAUAACCAGCUACAAACAAUGUUGCAGCGUCUUCAGGGCAUGGAGCAGCGGCAACAACAGAUGGUGUCAUUCCUUGCAAAGGCUAUGCAUAGCCCUGGUUUGUUCACUCAAUUUGUACAGCAAAAUGAGAGCAGUAGGCGCAUAACUGAAGUCAACAAAAAACGGAGACUUAAGAAGGAAGGUAUUGCUGAGAGCGAGCAUUCUACUACUCCUGAUGGACAGAUUGUUAAGUAUCAGCCUCCCAUGAACGAAGCAGCAAAGGCAAUGCUCAGGCAAAUCAUGAAUAGAGAUAUAUCUUCUCGGUUGGAAUCUUCUAAUAACAAUUUUGAUAACUUCCUUAUUGGUGAUGGUUCAUCAUUAUCAUCCAGUGCAGUAGACAGUGGGAGUUCUUCAAGCCGCACAUCAGGAGUGACUCUUCAAGAGGUCCCGCUAACUUCAGGGCAUGGCCUGCCUUCUGUAAUUUCUGAAAAACAUUCUUCUCCGCGGGUCACUAACUCUGGAACAGUUAUGAGAUCUAUAUUCUCAGAUGUCAAUGCCCUUGUCGGAGCACAAGAGUCCCCAUCCGUUCCCAUACCUCAGACAAAUGUAAUUAUCCCGGAGCUAUCUCAAAUACCAGAUAUGCCACCCGAAGGCUUAGUGGAUAUUCCUGAAGAAAGCAUGGCAGGUGAAGACACUGGUGUUGGAUUUAUUGAAAACAUGGCAUCUGAAGCAGGUGAUGGAUAUAUUGACCCCACUUCAGAGGUAUUGAAUGGGUCAUUGGCGAUAGACUUUGAUAUUAUUUCCUCAGACAUCGAAGCAUUUCUAAAGGAUUGGGAUGAUAUUAUACAAAACCCGGGGGCAGAUGAAAUGGAUUCUACUUGUGCGGAAGUAGGAUUGCGUAUCGAAAAUGAAGAGCAGCAGCCAACAGAGAAUGGAGACAAAACCCAGAAUAUGGAUAAUCUGACUGAAAAAAUGGGACUUCUUACAUCAGAUACCAAAGGGUGUUGAUUGAAACUAGAGAAGGACAUGCCGAUUAUGGAGGUUGAUGUCCUGCUCCAUGCAGAGUUAGAGACACCACCAGCCUUUUAUUUGAAGCAAUUGAUCACUGAACGCUUUCUCUGCAUUAGAACACUUCCAGAGUAGGAAGGCCUCCAUGACAAUUGGCAAUUGAAUCCCCUCCAUUGAAUAGUAACCGUCUUCAAUGAACAGUAAUUGCUUUUUGCAUCUUUACCCUUAAACUGAGUGGUCAUGACAAUACACAAUAAAAUAUUAGUAUUUUUUAUUUUAUAAAAUAAUAAAAAAUAAUUUUAAAUUUUAAA